AUGAUUAUUGAAGUUUUCCAAUUUACUGCAAAGUAUAAUAUGAACUUGGAGAAUGAACAUAAUGACGGUAGCAAAGGGAAGGGUAGUGGAGAGGAGACUUUGUCAGACAUUGAUAUUAGUGAUUUUGAACAUAUUGAUGAUGGUUAUUUUAACCAAUUAGUUGAUAUUGGUGUUGGCCUUCGUGAUAUAUUAGAUGAAGUAGCAGAUGUAGCAUCCAAAGAUGAUGAGGAUGUGAUACGGAUUAAUGAGAGAUAUUGGGUGAUUGGGGAGUUAGAGAAAGGUAAAAGUGUGCCUAUAAGAACUCAUAGGCCCUUUCUCCUUCACCUACAUCUGCUUCCCUCUUCGCUGCCAGUUGGAUUGACUUUCUUGGGCCCUUCUCCCAGAUUUGCUCAUCGUUUGAAGAUGAUAUGGCCUUUGUCUUUAAAGGAACGUCUGCGUCUUCAUUUCAAAAAAGUAAUGGAAGGCCCACUACGAUGGCCGCCGGUGCUGGGGCUGGGGCGUCAAUGGAUCAUUGACAUUGAAGGGACACUGGAAUUCGUAAAUGAAUUCAACGUAAAGACGCGCACCAUUUGGAUGGUUCCAGAGAAACUUAGAGCUACGGGCCUCAGUUACAGGCCUCAGCUUGUGGCCAUGGGACCCAUUCACAGGGGAACCGGAAGCGAACUGCAAAUCAUGGAAGACACUAAAUGGCGCCACGUGUACCGGCUUCUUUCGCGUGCUGCCGCCAGUGAGCAUAAGCGAGACUGGAGGGUCGCCCUUAAAGAUUGCAGCGGGCGCCUGAAAAGCUUAGACGGUAUAAUUCGAGCCAGCUAUGCCGAUGGGGAGAAAAUCAAAUUGGAAGCAAAGGAGCUUGCCGGAAUAAUGCUACGUGAUGGCUGCUUCCUCUUGGAGCUUCUGCACAGGCUCCACGAAAAUGUCAUCAGAGAUCCGCCUCCCCGUGCCGAUCAGAUUGAACCUUCUCUGGAUUUUACCGACGACAAGAAAAAGAUCUUGCGUGUUCUCACUGAUCUCACGCUGCUCGAGAACCAAAUCCCUUUCCUUGUUCUCGAUGUUUUGCAUAAAAAAACUGGGCAAGGACUUCAACCCCUCGGACUUGCCGAGUCACUCUUUGGAUGCAAGGUCUCCAGAGGUGACUUCCACGAAGGUGGUGUUCAUCAUUUCCUUCAUCUCAUGCACUCGUGCUCCCCGGAUCCCUAUGACAAAAACAAGAAUGUGACAUCCGUGAAAGCUAAACAAGAACUGAAGCGCUGCGCCAAGGAGCUCCAAGCCAUGGGACUCGAAAUUGAUUCCAGCUCACCAACCAUUAGAAGCUCUCCUCUCGACAACAAAACAGGAAUUGUGGCUUCUGCGCUGAGGGAAUUUGUGGAGAUGUUCGAUUUUAAUAUACAUAUGCAAGAGGACGAGCAGCUGAAAAUCCCAACGCUGUGCAUAAAAGAAGGAACGGAAGAGAAGUGGGGGAAUUUCAUUGCUUGGGAGCAGCUCGGAUUAACAGGAAUCAGCUACAAGUUCACCUCCUACGCGUAUUUUCUCAAAGGCCUAAUCUGUUCUGUUCAAGACAUCGUACUGCUUAAAUCAAAGAGCAUUAUUGUAGUGGAUGAAGAUUUUGGGAUCAGCGACCAGAAAUUACUGGCCUUGCUCCAGAAUAUCACAGCCGGGGCUGAAAAUAUGGAUAACAGAUACAGUGAUUUGUGUGUGCAAUUGAACGCAGUGAAACAGCGUAGUGUUCCUAUGACAGGAUGGUGGACCAUGAAGCGGCAUCGUUUCCAGAGUUUUCUAGAACUGCUAGGAUCUCGGAUCAGAAACACCAUCAAAAUCCUAGGAUCUCAGAUCAGAAACACCAUCAAAAUCCUAUUUAACAAGUACAUUCCUGACACGUGGAUGCUCCUCAAGGUUGGGGCAGCUGCAUCUCUUCUUGUCCUCACUGCUAUUCAGACCAUUUACACAGUGAAAACCUAUCAUGCCCCAACUGGCCAUUGAGAGUUAAGAAAGGAUCAGAAAAGCAUGUGGAGUACAAAUUCAUGUCACUUUCUGAAAUUUCUAAUAAUUUGCAGCCCUUAUCUGUAAUAAUUAUAAUUCAUAGGUCAUGUCUUCUUCACUUGUCACCCUUUCAAGUUUCGAUAAUUUACAAGAACAAUAUAUAUAUAUAUAUAUAUUUGACAUGAUAUAGCACCUA